AUGGUCUCUUCAAAAAAAUACAAACGAUUUGGUUUAUUUGGAGCUGCAUUUUUCAUUGUCAACAUAUUCUAUCUCCUAUCUCUUCACAGCAUUGUAUCUGGGGCUCAUGAUCAUCAACUGAAAAGGAAGGAAUCGGUUCUGGGUUCAGAGCCUCCGGUGUGUGCAAAAAAGUGUCUGAAUUGCAAGCCUUGCCUUCCUUAUCUGUUUGACAUUCAUGAUGGUGCCCAUAAUGAUGAUGAUGAUGAUAGUGAACCAUAUUAUCCGGUAAGAUGGAUGUGUAGAUGUCGAGACCAACUAUUUGAACCUCAAGAAUAG